AUGACUAUUCCAAAGGCCGGGCACACUCUGGUUGAAGUCGUUCCGUUUCAAAAGACCUUCGAGGAAGUCAGAAAUAACCCAUUCUGCAUUCUCUAUACGUCUGGGUCCACCGGUAUUCCUAAGCCUGUGCCUGUUAGGUAUGGGUCAUAUGAUGGCAUGGAUUCCCAGCUUCUGAUUCCAUCGCUCGGCAACAAACCAACGUUUUUGAGCAACGUCCAAGGGAAAAUGGUGUUCUUCGCUCUUCCGGAGUUUCACGGCGCAAGUCUCAACUGGACUGCAGGAAUCGCUUUGUUCGCCGGAGUAACUUGCGUAUCGCCCCAUCCAAUGUCGCUCACUGCUAACCUGGCCAGCCAGGUUUUUCAACGUCCCCAAUCCUACGGUGCAAUAAUGGUGCCCUCUCUUGUCGUCGACUACUAUAACAAUGACACCUAUUGCCGGAUUAGGUUGAUGACUCUGAUGGGACCUUGCGAGAUGGCGCUGCUUCCUCAUCAAAUGCUUGAUGGCCCUCGGGAUUGGGAGUGCAUUUCUCUGAGCCCAUGUCUCAGUUAUACAUUCAGAGAUUGGCAUAACUGGCUGGGCAAUUUGACCAUCGUAAGACAAAAGAAGUAUGGGCUGCACCAAGGUGUCUUCUCGACAUUCCCGCAGAAAGAAGAACAUGCCUUGGGUGAUUCCUUCGAGCCUCAUCCACUCAAACCCGAUUUGUGGCGCUUGGGAGCAAGGGCAGACGACAUCCUCUCUUUCACCACGGUAGAGAAGUUAAAUCCCUCGGGACUGGAGAGCAUCAUUCCGUCAAAUUCACUUGUCACGUCGGCGGUCAUUGGAGAAGAAGGGGCUUUCCUCGACCAGGUGUGGCCGAGCAUUGUUCAGGCCAACUGCGACUUCCCAGCCCACGGCCGAAUCAUGAAGAGUUUCGUGAUUCGGACAGACCCUGCGAAUCCUCUCCCUCGCGCGAGUAAGGAUACCGUGCAACGUCUCGCGGUUUUUAAGCUUUACGAGGCAGAGUGGAAGUCCCUUUACGAACGCCGAGCUCGGUGUAAUCAGACUUCGAAAGAACCUGGGGUGCAGUCAUCAGUCUCCUCUAGAAAACUUCACGGCAACCCGAGCCAAACGGAUGAUGGCGCUGUAUUAUCUGAUAAGAUGACCCUCGCCAUUGAGUCUAUCGUCGAGCUGAAAGUUUCAGCAGCUCUUGACCGGUUCUUCUGUCUUUUACGGUGCUACACAAGAAACAAAGGCUCCGAUGAAGGAGUAGCUUCUUCAGGGGGGGUCGUCAAUGGUGCCGUCAGUGUUCUGAAUACGACGAAAACUCACGGCAUACAACCUAGCUACUUCGCAAAAAGAGCGAAUGGCCAGACAAAGGAGUCACCCGAUGGAUGGCUGCGCCAGAGAAUCGACCAUACGCUCGCUGAGAAUGUCGAGGUUGACCACCUCAAGGAUGAUACCGAUCUCGUUAAUUUGGGCUUGAUAGCCUUCAAGUUUCUUCGCUCCUCAAUACAACUAAUGCUUUCAUUGUUAAAUCCGAGCAGCCAGGUGGACCUUAUUCAGAGCGAAGCCAUCCUCUCGAACCCAACCGUCGCCAAAUUAGUAGCAGUAGUUGUCCAGUAA